AUGGCGAGUAAUAACUUUGACAAUAGCACAAUGUCUUCAACGAGUCUUUUGUAUCGAAAUGGACCCACGUCACCGCUUGAGAUUGAAAAGUCGCCGACAUUAGUGUAUGACAGUGAUGGGGAUGAUGACACUCUCCUUGCUCUUUCAUCAUUAGCCAAAAUGGAGACGAACUUUCGAAAUGAAAUUGAUCUUCUACAUCAAAAUAAACUUUUAGUUUCGUCAUCGUCGAUAUUUGAAAGUUCUGCAGACUACAUUGAUAUUGUUCAGCAAGCUAUUGAUGCUGUUGAAGACGCACUUGUACGAUGGCCUAAGUAUGAUCGUCGCAAGGCGCUGACUGAGCUUAUCAUGCAUGCGAAGCUCGAGCAGGCGAAGAAGAUCACUGCUUAUAACUCUGGCUGCCUUGAGAAUGCGAAUGUUUGGGCAGAAAUGUUAAUGCAGGUUCAGGAGCUUGGGCGCAACUAUCCCAAAGACCCACAAGUCCACGAGCUCGUAUAUUUGGUUCAGCAAUGCCUAACGAAUAACGAGAAACACGUCAAUGAAGAGAAGGAGACUCAUAAAUAUGGUGAUCGAGAACGAGAACAUUGUGAAACCGUUGAAGUGGAGAAAACGUUGGAGCCUGAGAUUGACAAUAAUCUUCAUGUUUGUGGCAGACUGGGAGAAGUAGAUGUCGAUUGUUACACUGAUACUGAAGGCUCUCUCGACUACAGAAUCACUGAAGAGAUUGUACAGGCAAUGUCGAAUCAAUUUGAAACCAAUAAUGAUGAAGAAAAACAUGUCAAACAUGAGAUAUCAAUUAACAAAGAGCUCAACACAGCACCUUUGUCACGUCCAAUAUUGGCGACCAGAUUGCGCGAGCUUGUCCCCAUCUUGACAGACAAUGCCGUGCUAAAAGGUGUCCAGGUUCCUCAACUACCGCGUGGAAGAGAUGGGUGGAACAAUAAUUAUGUCAACGGAGAUUCGCCUUCUUUGAAUGCGCUGUCCUCGAAAUUUGUCAAACGAACGUCUCGUCAAAAGUUUCGAUUUCCAGAAAAAGAGUUAUUACGUUUUUUGGAAAAUGAAGACAAGAAGUCAGGCCUAACAUGUACUUCAGGUCCAAUUCGUCGCUAUAGCCACAAUUCCAAAAUUACUUGCACCGUUCCACUACGACGAAAAUCGUUUAUCAUGAAGCGCACUUCGCUUAAAAGUAGCAAUUUCGCUGGAAUCAAUCUCUUGAACCCAAGCGCAAACAUUGCAGCGUCAAAACGUGAGAAUGCGUCGUUCACUUUGCCUUAUGCCUUUAAAUUGAUUAAACAACGAGAGGCUUCUCGCCGUAAAUCGACAAGUACAUGUCAUUCUACAGUUUCGAAAUUAACGUCAAAUCGUCGUAACAUGAGCUUUUCGACCAUCAGGAAACAGAUACCCGUCACUUCUUAUAGCAAACGAAAUUCAAUUACUUUGACCAGCAAACCCUCAUCUAGCUCUCUUAAUGCGACAUCCUCGACAUCUUCUCCAAUACCUUCUUCUCAAACACAAAUGGUGUUGCGUGUACGCGCACGUGAUGGCGUUCCACAGCUUCUUAUUGCUAAAAAACCAGUGCGAUGUGUCGUAUGGCAUUGGAAUGACCGGUGCAUUCGCGUGCCAUUUAUGAGUGCUGCUAAUAUGAUGGAACUUGGACCUGCACAACAUGGUAUCAUGUUGCGACAACUACGAUAUGUGAAAUCUAUGAUGCACGAUUAUCCGUGGGCCAAAGCUCACUUACGAUCACUAUUGUCCAAAUAUACAGCUAAAGAAGUGACAAAGGAAGAGCUAUAUCCUCAAUUAAAUGCAUUGGGUCAGCAAGUGCAACGUGAAUUAAGCACUCGCGCCAAACAACAUCGUACAUUAACAGCUCGCAAACAACGUCUUACGAUAACUUUAACACUGGCAACAAAUACGAUCAAUGAUACGAUCGUGACAAAAUUUGGUCGACGUGGUCGUCCACAUGCCUCGCGCUUGCUAUACGAUCCAAUGACUCCACUUCAAUUACGUUGGAGACGCAAACACGGUGAGCGUAGCGUUGAAUUUUUGGUUGUUGAUAAGAUCCAAGUCAUUGAAGGUCACGACAAUUCUAUUGGAAAUGGUAGUACACCAUCUUUUGGGCGUGGUAAUAAGAAGGCGGCUGCAGCAGUUGCAAUUGAUCCUGAAUCGUGUCUCUCACUUGUGACACCAACAAGGUCACUUGAUUUGCAAGUUGCUAGUUCACUGCAUCGAGAAUGGUUGGCAAAUGCUGUGCGUGAUAUUAUAUCCUUUGCACAUCAAUUUAAGGCAGCAAAAGCGAAUACUGUGAAUUCUGGUGACAGUAGUAGUUCAUGUGAUACUGUGCUUAGUUCUGCAAGACGAUCACGACAAGCUCCAUCGUCUUAG